CCUCCUCCCCAAAGACUUUCCAGGCAGCACAUUAUGGCUCAAUCCAUUGUAUCCAUGAUGAAAAAUGCAGGCGGCCCACCAGCAUCCGAUUCGGUGGUAAUCGACAUCACUGCCUCGUCUCCGGUAGAGAUCGGUCCCCCCUCGCCGGUUGACGUCACGCCCUCAGAUUCUCACACGAUGCCAGAUCUGAGUCUCCCCCUAACUCCGGAAGAGAAGCAGCAGAAAAAGAACGCUGAACAGACAGAGAAGGAUCUCAAGUUGAAGCAAAAGGAAACCGAACGGAAGCGGAAGCUCUCGAUACGCGACAGCGAGCGGGAGGCCAAAAGACGCAAGUUGGAGGAGGAAAAGGAAGCACGGCGCCUCAAGUUUGAGGAGGACAAAAAGCUCCGGGAGCAAAAAAAGGAGGAGGAGCGGUUGAAAAGGAUUGCCGAUCGUGAGCAGAAGGAACGCGAGCGGUUGGAAAGAAAGCGGGCUCUAGAAGAAGAGAAGGAGACAAAAAAACGAUUAAUAGAAGAGGAAAAGGAGAACAAACGGCGCAAGGUCGAGGAGGAGCGAAAGCGGAAGGAAGAGGCCAAGCUCAGAGCUGAGGAGGACAAACGUAAGGCCGAAGAAACAGCCUCCAGGAAACAGCUGCGGAUUGCCAGUUUCUUCACUGUCACGAAACCAAAACAACAGGCGGAAGCGGAAUCCGACUACCAAAAAACAUUUCUUCCAUUUUAUCUCAAGGAGAACUGUUACUUACCCGCCUCUGGGCAGCUUCCGGCGCUGAGAUUGGCGGACUCCAAACGAGAACUUGAUACAGGCGCCCUGUCGCUGUUGGCAGACUUCUUUCGAGGCUCCAAGCAGUGCCAUUCUCGUAUCCCCGAACGAGCCACACCUCGGGAGAUCAUUCAGCUCAUGAACACAUCUCAAAACGUCUCGUCUAUGCUAGCCCUGUUGCCUGUGAAGGUUUUGUGUUUCUAUGAAAACGUGGGCCCACCAUACUUGGGAACGUUUUCAAAGCCGAUCCCCGUGGCGUACAAGCGGACGCCAUUUUUUACCGAAGGGACAGAUUUUGACUACGAUUACGACUCAGACAUGGAGUGGGAACUUGAAAACGAGGACGGUGAAGGAGAAGACCUAGGGGAGGAUGAGGACGAUAUCAGUGAUAACGAUCCGGGAACCGACUCGGAUAUGGAUGAUUUUGUGGAUGAAAACGACGCUGAAGGCAGGCUAGUGAAACGCAAGAUCAUUGGACCGUUGGUUCCGGUGGUUGAGUGGAAUCAAGGCACCCUCGAAGAGCUACAGUAUGAGGGUUUGAGCCUCGCCGUGGACUUCCCCAUAAAUCCAUUCAGAGACUACUGGAAGAAGCCUGAGGUCCCAGACGUCUCGCCCAACCGAGAAGUGACGCCUAGAACUCCGACAUUAUUGACUCCACUGAAGAAGCCGAAGCCGAUGAUCACCGAGACAAAGGACUUGGUGGCAUUGUGCGGGUUUAUCGAGGCAAAUAACGAUUUCACCAUCGGCACGCUCUGUGAGCUUGCCAAGAAGCAGUUCGGGAACUAUUCAAAGGUGGUUAUCAAGAAUACCAUUGAUAGUAUAGCGACGAAGGUGAAGAACUCGGAGCGCAAGUGGGAGAUUGACGAAGCGUAUCUCAAGAAGCUCCACGUGGUGCCGGAGAGUACGUAGGCUUGGUUUAUGAUAUUAUGGAGCUAUGGCUGGAAUUCAUGGAUAUAUUAAUGAAAAGCUAAGGAUGUAGCCGUAGUGAUUAUCUGAGCUAUGGGGCAGUAACGUGAUUAUGCAUCGAGAACCAAUAUGUUGAGCUGUAGUGGAAUUUCAUCGCCGGCUUAUAAGUUGAAAAAUCUUGAGAGUGUUUGUGAUGAAGCUGAUUCUUACUCAUGUGGCGGUGGAAGGGUCGUGUCAAUAAU